CUUUCAUUUUACGAUAAGGUGGAAGAAGGUGCAGCAUCAGUGGUUAAACUGGAAAUAUGAGCUGGGCAAAACCCUAUGUCGAGGAACAGACCACGAUCACAGGGAGAACUAAUUUGGUUCUUUUCUGUACCGGUGGCUUCAUGUGUCUCGUUCCCUGAUUUGAUGCAGGACUUUUCUGUUCUGCAGGAGCAUCCAGACUAUCACCUCCUGGCACCCAACCUGUGAUCUAGAACCCCCCCCUAAAGCUUUGUUUAAAUUCCCUGAACUAAUGAGGUGUAAUAAAAUCUUCUAUACCAUGGCUCUUGCCGUUACAUUUCUGCUCUUCUUUUACCUAACGGUAAAUCUAGAGAUGACCAAUACCAACCAGGUGAUAAACUCCUCAAAGCAGCUGUACUUCACAUCUGCCCCUCUGAACAUUCACAUUACCGUGGCUUCUGACGACCUGAUGAAGCUCAUCCCUCAGGACACCGCGUACUGGAACCGUCUGUUCUACUCUGCAGUGAAGGAUUUGAACGCCAGCAACUCUUCGAGAAAAGAGCACCCCUGGUCUGUCUGCAGGGAAGAGAAUCAGGACCUGCUGCGACUAAACAUCCAUGACUUUCACUCCUAUCCGGGGCUGAUUCAGACAUUCCUGAUGGGCAUGAACUGCAGAGCUCCUCCGAUCUUGAUCAAUCAGCCCGCCAAGUGCAGCAACCACACCUACCUGCUGUUCGCCAUCAAGUCCUCCCCAGCGAAUUUUGAGAGGAGGCAAGCGGUGCGGGAGACAUGGGGGCGAGAGGGGGUGUAUAUGAACGGACGGAGGGUCCGUUUGGUGUUCUUCCUUGGCAACCAACCUCCUGAUGACCCCGACGUUGGCACAUUGCUGUCAUUUGAGGCCAAACACUUUAAAGACAUCGUGCAGUGGGACUUCCAGGAGUCCCUCCUGAACUUGACUCUCAAGAUGGACAUGUUCCUCCAGUGGACUGUGAGAAACUGUCCCCAGGUGUCCUUUGUCUUCAGUGGGGAUGAUGAUGUUUUUGUCAACACCGAUGGGCUGAUCAAUUACCUGGUAUCUCUAGACGCCUCUAAAGCAUCUCGCCUGUACACUGGACACGUCCUGACCACAGCUAGUCCCCUCAGGGACCCUAGAAGCAAAUACUACAUCCCUCUGUCCUUCUUCAGCGGCCCCUACCCCGCCUACGCUGGUGGAGGUGGGUUUGUGAUCUCAGGUGACUUGAUGCCGUCUCUUUCUUUCGUCUCAAAGUUGUUUCCUCUGUUCCCCAUCGAUGACGUGUAUAUGGGCCUGUGCAUGAAAGCUCUGGGAGUUGUCGCAGAGGGGAAUGAAAGGUUUCAGACCUUUGAUGUUAGGAAAGAAGAUCGUGAGAACAUAUGCGUACACAAAGGCAAUCUUCUGAUCCACCAGCGCUCCCCGAGGGAGAUCGAGAGAAUGUGGAAGGGCAUCCACCAUCCAAAGCUGACGUGUUGAACUGAUGGGUAAAGAGCAACGAGGCCUGCAUGGAAACGUUCAGUUUCCAGCCAAAGAGGAUUCUGAGUUUCAACAGAUUGAAUAACCAGUUGCCGUUUUUGCUGAUGAACUGCAUAGCUAAUUUCUAGCAAAGCUGAAUACACAUCUUUUCUAACCCUGCCUAUUUUUGUUGUAAUUUUUAAUAAUAAUAAAAAAAAUGAACACAACCAAUGUUCUACAGUUUAUUUUCACCAAACAUGUUUAGCUCAGAAGCAAAACAGUACAGGUUGUAACAGCAUCUCAACAAACGAACAAAGACUACAGAUUGAUCUGAGGAAUCCAGAUGACCUGAUUCAAACUCGAGGAAACCGCUCUAUGGUAAAGCACAAAGGCAUCCCGUUUUAUUUGCAUUUUUAUUUGAAUGAUUCCGACUUGUCUGAAUAAAAAGGAAAAAGAAAAAACAUGUAAUGGAAGCAUCGGAUAUUGGUGAAUGUGGCUUUUACCUCUACUGUAAGGCACCGAAAACCAUUAGACAUAGUUGAAAAGCCUG